AUGUCUGAUGCUUGGGAAGAAAUUCAAGCUGUAAAAAGCAAAAGAAAUAGUUUAAGAGAAAAGCUUGAAAAACGCAAAAAAGAGCGACAAAACAUUUUAGGGGCGUCUCUAGUGAGCGAUAAAGCUGAAAGUUCCCCAAGUAGCAAAGAAAAAUCUGUUUCUAGUCCAGCCUCUCAAAAGAAUGAAGUCCCAGCCGCCCAAGAAAAGCCAAAGGCACCAGUGCCUGUGGCAUCACUAGAAGUUCGGCUACUACAAGUUCUCUCUGACAUGCAACUCCAACUCCCGGCUACUGCAAGUGCGCUGAUGCCAGGACUAGGUGAUGUUGAUACUGGCAUAGUGGCAAGUUUAUUACAGAAAUUUGCUACACAGAAACUGAUAAUGAUAAAAGAGCGUUUAGAAGGUUCUGCUGAUACAGAAAUUGAAGUAGUUGGCGCGGAAUCUGUGAGACUGGGUGCAGUGUUGGCAGCUCUAGUUGAGGAACAAAGCGCUCCUACUAAAAGAAAAGGUGAAACUGCAGUGGAUGAAAGCACAAAUGUGAAAGUGACAAAGACUACAAAUGAUGACAAGAAAAGUGGAAAGGGUGACACAGAUAUUAUGUCUUUGUUGGCAAUGCCAUCAAGCAGAGAGAAGGCUGUAAAGAGGGUUGGUGAAGAGAUUAUGGACCUAUUGAGUAAACCUACUGCAAAAGAAAAAUCAUUGGCUGACAAAUUCAAAAGCCAAGGAGGUGCUCAAGUUAUGGAGUUCUGUCCGCACGGCACAAGGGCCGAAUGCGUGCGCGCUUUCAGCGUCCAGAAAACUCAGGAGGCGGACGGAAAACAGACAGACGAUUCGGACUAUGGUUGCAAGAAGCUGCACUUCAAGAAGAUCAUACAGAGUCACACAGACGAAUCUCUCGGAGACUGUUCCUUCCUCAACACCUGCUUUCAUAUGGACAGUUGCAAAUACGUGCAUUACGAAGUGGACAACGCGGACCCCAACGUUACGAGUAAAACAGCAACCGAAGCGAGCGCUAAGGGUGGACUUAAUGGGACACCUGCGGUAGUCAAACCUGACGGGGUCCUGACGCUAACGCCACCGCAGUGGAUACAAUGUGACCUUCGCUACCUGGAUAUGACGUUUUUGGGCAAGUUCGCGGUGAUAAUGGCGGACCCGCCGUGGGACAUCCAUAUGGAGCUGCCGUACGGGACGAUGUCGGACGACGAGAUGCGCUGCCUCGGCGUGCCCCAGCUGCAGGACAGCGGGCUCAUAUUCCUCUGGGUCACCGGCAGGGCAAUGGAGUUGGGGCGCGAGUGCCUUAAGCUGUGGGGCUACGAGCGGGUGGACGAGCUGAUAUGGGUGAAGACCAACCAGCUGCAGCGGAUCAUUCGCACCGGCCGCACCGGACACUGGCUCAACCACGGCAAAGAACACUGUCUGGUCGGCAUGAAGGGCAACCCGGAGAACUUGAACCGCGGCCUGGACUGCGACGUGAUCGUGGCUGAGGUGAGAGCCACCUCACACAAGCCCGACGAGAUAUACGGCAUUAUCGAAAGGCUGAGUCCAGGCACCAGGAAGAUAGAGCUAUUCGGACGUCCGCACAAUGUUCAACCGAACUGGAUAACCCUCGGCAACCAAGUGGACGGCGUGAGGCUGGUCGAUCCCGAUUUGAUAGCGGCCUUCAAGAAACGCUACCCGGACGGCAACUGCAUGGCACCCCCCACGGACCCUGGACUGGCC